AUGGAUUCAUCUUUUUCUCGUUUUUCUCGCCCUUCUGGGGGCCCCAUAAUAACAGGCAAUGCCAAUCGCCGUCUGCACCCUCAAUUCAUCAAAACAGCAUCUUCUUCUGCUGCAGCAGCAGCACCAGCAGCAGGAGCAGGAGCAGCAGGAGCAGCAGCAGCAGCAGCAGGAAGUGGAGGGAGUAUGCUGCUGCCUGAGGGUCUCCCGUCUAGACAAGCUGUUGAACCUUUAGGGGCUUUAUCUUAUUUGCAGCAUCGGUCGCCGUUUUGCUUCCCUCUACAUUUUCAUUUUGCUGCUCCUUCUCUGUUUACCUCUCCUAAACUCGCAGCAUUUACUCUCUCUCCUUCUUUAUUUCUUUCAAACGGCUCUGCAAAUAAUUCAGCAUCUGCUUCGGCUGCUUCUCCUGAUGCUGCUGAUGCUUCUGAUGCUGCUGCUGCUGCUGCUGCUGCUCCUGCUCCUGCUCCUGCAGCAAUCGAUGCUGCGUGGCUGCAGCAAAUUCACAGUCCUUUUGAAUCUGCUGCAAUUUUGCCUUCGUUAUUAAACCCUCUGGGGUAUCCUCGGCUUGUAGCAGAUCCACUUAUGCUGCAGCAGCAGCAGCAACAGCAGCAGCAGCAGCAGCAGCAGCAGGAGGCGCGGAAGCGUUUGAAUCACUUACAUGCUGAUGAAGUAUAUCUUCUUUCUACUCUUCUUCCUGAGUUUGCUGGCAGCAGCAAACGCAUUUGUAGGGGCCCCACAAAUGCGCAAGAAGCAGCAGCUGUGCAGCACCCUGCUGCUGCUUCUUCUGCUGCAGCAGCAGCAGAAGCAGCAGCAAGUCCUCAGCAACCGGGCAUCCAUACACAGCAGCAGCAGCAAAUGCAGCAGAUGGCGCAGCUCAAACACCCAACGCGGCCUCAUCUAACCGUUAAGAGGGUAAUUGCUUCUGUUUUUGCUGCUGCUACUGCUGCUACUGCUGCUACUGGUGUCGCUGCUACUGGUGCUGCUGCUGCGAUUACUGCUGCAGUUUCUGCUGCUGUUGGUGGUGAUGUUGUUGGUGCGUCUGCUGCUUGGCACAGCGAAGGCAAGCCAUUUGACCCGAUAACAUAUGCGCUGUACUUGCGAGACAAAGACAAGCCAGCAGCAGCAGCAGCAGCAGCAGCAGCAGCAGCAGCAAAGGAGGAGACUUCGGGGGAGGCGAAGUAUUCCUUCAGACGCAACUAUUUGUGGCAGGCGCCUCUAUCUUCGGGUUCGAGCAACGAAAGGACCGUCUUGUUGGUGGUGCCGGCAGCAGCAGCAGCAGAUCCUUCAGCAGCAGAUGCAGCAGCAGAUGAAUCGAAUGCUUGUUUGCUGCUGCCGCUGCUGGGGCCCCGCCGCGUGCUGCUGAAAGCAGGAGCAGCAAACAAGCAGCCGGGGCUGUUGGUAACUGCAGCAAAAACUGCUGGAGAAGCAAAUGCUGCUGAGGCAGAUGCUGCAGCAGAUGACUUCGAGGGGGGCCUUGCUGGGAGUGGUUUGGGGUUUGAACGGCUGGGCGCUGAGAAAAUUGAUGAAGAGGGAGACCGCCUCUUUAGUGAUGACAAUGAAGAUGAAGACAAAGCAGCAGCAGCAUCUGCUGCUGCUGCUCCUGCUGCUUCUCCUGCUCCUGCUGCUGCUCCUGCUGCUGCGAAUGACAGCAGCAGCAGCAGCAGUGGCAGCAGCAGCGGCGGCAGCAGCAGCGAAGACGAAGCCUCUUCAAACUCUUCUUAG